CUAAGUUAAAAAAAAAAGAAAAAAGACUAAAAAGGUUGUUACUUUCUUACCACUGACUAGGUUAUCAAUUUUUAAGACAGGUUGAAAAUUUAAAGUCAUGUAAAUCAAAUCUAUCUAUACUUAGUAAAAAAUAAGAAAAAGGGUUAUAUAAUUUAUACUGGAAAUGAGAAAAGUUGAAAAAAAAAGGGUGGAUUUUAGGUUGGUUGAAAUGGGGAGAGGUGGGAAAAAAUGGUGUUUUAGAUUUCUGUAGUUUUAGGGUAAAAGUACAAAAUAAAACAGCAGCAAAUGCAGUGAUGAGAUGAACAGAGAUCUUUAAUCUUUUGUCUGACCCCAAAAACACUGCCACCCUUAGCAGUGGCAUCAUCAUCAACAUCAAGGGUGUUUCUAUAGGCCAAAGUAAAAGUGUGUUUACUCUUCCCUAUACUAUAGCUAUUAAGCUAUAAGCCCUAUAUAUAUUUUGCUCUUCUAAACAAACCAAUUUUUUUUUCUCUCUUUUCGUUUAGUUGUAGCUUGUCAUGAAAGAGUUUCUAGUUAGUAUAGUUUCCCAAGAAAAUCCUUGUUGAGAAGAGAACAUUUUGUUUUUGUUGUUGUUGGUGGUGGGUGGCUAAGUGUUUGAAAACCCGUUUCGUUGCUGAAUAGAAUAGUACAUAAAUAACAGAGAGCUCCUAUAUUGCCAAAAGCUGAGUUUUUUAGAGAGAAAAUAGAAAGAGAAACAAGGAGAAAAAAACGAUGGGUUAGGCUGGGGGAAUAAUAGGGGCUGGGGGUUUUUUUGUUUUUUUUUUUAGUUGGCAGGCUUGGUUAGGGAAGAGUGGUGGUGGUGGUGGGUGGGGGGGCCGGCCGUUUGGUGUGUGUGGUAUGAUGGAAUUAGAAUAAUUGAAUGGCAGAGGCUUUUGAGAGAGGUCACAGUAUCAGGUUUCAGUGUGGUGGCAGUAGCUCAUACAGGUAGAGGAUAUUAGCAAGCAAAGAACAACAACUACAACCCACUAACAUAAAAAAGGUAUACUCCAUUAAAAGCUGGAACAGCAAAAGCACCAGGGCCUGACUCUGGAUCCUCAAAGGCAUCAUCAUCAUCAUCAGCAGCAGCAGCAGCAGCAGCAACAGCAACAUCAGAAUCCAUCUCAUAUAGGAGGAGGAGGAGAAGAAGAAGAAAUUGCGAGGAACCAACAGCAAAUCUUGUUUCUGCAUCAUCAACAACAGCAAGGGCAACAGUUGUAUGCAAGCCUGGAAACUCAAGUACUACGAGAGCAGCAAGGGCAACAACAACAGCAAGAGUACCCACAACCACCCAAGAAACGCUCUUAUCUGCCGUCGGCUUCUACUUCAACUUUUGGUUCCAAAUCAACCCAACAUGCAAGAAAAAUGGGAGAUAGCCGCCACCAAGCUGCAACAUCGUCAAGAUUGGGGAUAAGGCACUCUGGAGGGGAGAUCGUUGAGGUCCAAGGAGGUCACAUUGUUCGGUCAACUGGAAGGAAAGACCGUCACAGCAAAGUUUGUACUGCCAAAGGUCCUCGAGACCGACGUGUUCGUCUCUCAGCUCACACCGCCAUCCAGUUCUACGACGUCCAGGACCGACUUGGCUACGACCGUCCUAGCAAAGCUGUGGAUUGGCUUAUCAAAAAAGCCAAACCUGCCAUUGACGAGCUCGCUGAACUACCUCCUUGGAACCCUGAAACUUUGAAUACAACCACUUCGAUCGCUAAAACUAGUAACCAAGAAGACCAAAACGCGACAACCGCAACCGACAAUGAUAAGCCGUAUCAGUUCCACAUCAACCAUAGUGGAAACCUGGUGGAAAACCUUGCUGCUGGGUCGGGUACUCGGAGAAGAACGGCUACAAUAAUGGGGAAUGAAGUUCAAAGUCUUCAGCAACAAGAAAUGGGAGAUAACCCCAAUAAUAAUUCGGGUUUUCUUCCACCUUCUUUAGUUUCUGAUGAGAUAGCGGAUACAAUUAAGUCUUUUUUCCCAUUGGGAGCUUCAAGUGAGACGCCGUCUUCUUCCAUACAGUUCCAGAAUUAUCCGCCGGAUUUGUUGUCGAGGACCAGCAGUCACAGUCAAGAUCUUCGGCUUUCACUACAAUCGUUUCCGGAGCCGAUUCUUUUGCACCACCACCACCACCACGCCCAAGCUGCUACAGCUCAGGCACACCACCGUGAACCUGUUUUAUUCUCUGGGGCCAGCCCAUUAGCUGGUUUCGAUGGGUCAUCUGCUGGGUGGGAACAUCACCACCAACACCCAGCGGAGAUUGGAAGGUUCCAGAGAUUGUUUGCCUGGAAUAAUAGCGGUGCUGCUGCUGAUAGUAGCGGUGGCGGUGGUGCUGGCGGCAGUAGCGGUGUAGGAGGAGGAUUUAUCUUUGGCACUCCUCCACCGCAGUCACUGCCGACGGCUUUUGGCCAAAACAGCCAAUUGUUUUCUCAGAGGGGACCCCUUCAGUCCAGUAACACGCCCUUGGUUCGUGCUUGGAUAGACCAGCCAAUUUCCACAACCGACCAACACCAACACCAACACCAACACCAUCAUCAUCAACAACAUCACCACCAUCAAAUCCCAGAAAACAUCCAUCAUCACGCUGCUUUAUCUGGCAUUGGAUUCACCACACCUGGUGUAUUCUCUGGGUUUCGCGUUCCAGCACGAAUUCAGGGCGAAGAAGAUGAGCACGACAGCAUUGCCAAUAGGCUGUCCUCUGCUUCAUCUGAUUCUCACCAUUGAUCGAGUAAUUCGGAGAAAAGGCCAAAGUCUUUCCCCUCUAUCAGCACUAGUUGAUUGUUGACUGUGAACUGGAUGAGAAGAUAACUAUACUAUGAUAGCUCCAAGAAUGAAAGACUAGUUCGAGGGAAGAUUUUGGGCAACUUUGAAUCAAUGGCCUAUACCGUGGGAAGAAGAAAUCUGGGUGGAUUUCAGGUUUUUCAAUCCCCGGUUUGUUUAGAUUCUAUCAGUUGAUUGUGUUGUAGCUUAAAUUUAUAUUUGAGUGAGCUCUUAGAGCUUAACAAUGUUUUCUUUUUCUUGUUGGACUUGUCAUGUUUUUCAUGUUACCAAUCAAUGUUUGCUACUGUUUCCUAGAGUUACUACUGAGAUGGGAACCUAGUUUGUUCUAAUGCUGAUUUAAAUUUUCCCUCAA